AUGGAUACCGCAGUUUCAGUCCAAGCAACCAACAAUCCCCCACACCGGCAUGUGUUCACAGCCGCGCUCAUAUUCGAAAUCGGCUUCGGCCUUAUAGCCAUAUGCCUGACCCUGUCCUUCAUCGGCUGGGUCACUAUCAAGAUCUGCACGAUCCGCGCAAAGCGCAAGAAGCUGUCAGAUCCUGAAGCGGCGACAGCCGCGGGAAAGCCGCGGAGCCGCGGGGGUGAAUCCUCUGUUGAUGAUGAUGAUGAUGAUGACUUUGUGUUCCACUCGCCUUCGCCAACACCGAAGCUCAGCAGGUCUGCGACUUGGGUCAGGCUGGGUAAGGAGGAGAUUCCAUCGCUGCUGGAACUGAAUGAGCUUAAGCGGAGUAAUACGGUGAAGCUGAAGCCGGCUCGCCCGGUUCAGCAUCCUCCUCUGCCGAGAAGAAACUCGAAUUAACGAGCAUGAUGCUUGAGUGCAUCAUUGCAGAAACUAGAUGUUAGGAAGCAGCCUCGGGACAUGGAUACGGGAGCUGCAUCAGCUCCCGUAUCCAUCGGGAGACA